AACAUAUCAAUAAAAUCUACACAAAAUUCUCUAUCUUUUAGCAUCAGAACCCAACCUUCUGAUCAAGUCUAAUUUGAGAAAAAAGCCUAUCAAAAACCGGCAAUUUAAUCUGCCGUACCCGUUAUAUUCAAAAAUAUAGAAAAGAAUUUAAGUAAAAUCAUUUUUCUUUCUCGUCUAGUUGAAUAUGACCGUCUAAACGGUCAUAUUCAGUGGGGGACCUCCAGGUCGAUACUCAGUCCCAACCCUAAUAGCAGAGGAGUGCUAAGGAAAAACGUCCAUAACUCCCGAACCAUGAGUGUUCAUGUCACUUGGAUUCGCUUUUAUAGAGGACACUUCAGACUAUCUAUACCAACAAAGCAAUCACUGGAUUCCUAUUUGAAUUUUGGAAAAUCCAAGCUAGUUUUUCAGAGAUCUUCUGGAAAUCCGACUUCGAAAGUUUUUCCAAAAAUAGGUUCUGCUUGUAGAAAGAUCACCUCAAAUCUUGGCUAUCGAAUGGCGAAAAUCACAAGUCUCUAUUUUUAUUUUGGUGCUGAGUUAUUCAAAAAAUAACCACUGCUCUUGUAUUUUGGCUAAGAAGUUCAUAUUCUCGACGAAUUGGCAGAUUCUAUGCCAGUUCGGAUAGCACUGAAAUGUCAAAUGUCUGUUAUUCUAAGCAACCUAAACCUGUUCUAACUAUCAGCUCGCAUUUGUACUCUACCAUUGGUUUAAUCGAGUUCCUGGCAACACUGAAUAGAACAGAUUUUGACGAUUUAUUAGAGGCCAUUAUUGAUUGGGAAGAAUUGUCUGUAAAUUUGGACCCAGUAUUCGGAAUCUGCAUUAAAUUCUGCUACGACGGAUGUGUCUUUUAUAGAAAUCUGAGACCAAAAAUAUUUCGAUGUUCCAAAGGGGUAAGGCUAAAUUUUUUCGAAAACAGAACGUCGGUUUUUGAGGGGAUCAAAUAACUCAUUUUGUUCCGAAUUUGAUGUUGAUUCCGAAUAUGUAACUUGUUUUUCAGAAAUAUUGUAGGAUGAAAAGUGACCUUGUUCACCUUGUUCUGCAAAUAGCCAUACAAACAAGAUAAGUUUCCCACUUCGACUUUCUGAACGAGUCCACGCUAAAUACGCCUUUUCUAAACUGAAUGUUGACUAUUGUUGUGUUUUAUAAUUCAAUUUUUUCUAUUUUUCUUCAUUUAGUAGGUCAUUACCGUCAGUUAGAAGAGCGGCAGUUCUACUGGAAGAUUUACCUACAGAAUUGUUCUAUAUAAUAUUUGAAUUUUUUGAUGGUAAUGAUUUGUACCAAACAUUUUACAAUUUGAACAUAAGGAUGAAUAACAUUAUCAAUGAAACGGCAAGUCAGUUGAAUUUGUCUUCUCCAGCAAACUUUUAUUAUUGUAUGAACGUAAUAAUGUCGUCAUAAAUCAAUAUUGAAUGUAUCAAAUCCUUAAUAUUAAAAAAUCUUCCACCCAUUAAUAAUCACAUCUAUCAAUUUCUAUCAUUAUAUUCAUUAAAAUUAUUUACUGAACUUCAUUCAAUUCCACUUAGACAUGUACGUGAUAAUGAUUUACCUUUUAUAACAGACCAAUUAAUCGAUUCAUUAUUAUUAUCAUUAUCAUCAAAAGAAUUACAAUCAUUAGAAAAUCUUUUUCUUAAAGGAGAAGAAGUAUCAUCAUCAUCGAAGAAUGUAACACAUUUCAUUGAAACAAUAUUUAUUUUUUCUUCAUCGUUAUUACCGUCAUUAACAUAUUUUUAUUUAAAUAAUUGUAUAAAUAUAAAACUGAGUGAACUAUUUAUAUCAACAUUAACAACAACAAAUUUACAAUAUUUAUUUUGUUAUCAUAUGUCUAUUGAAUAUCUUAUUCAUUUAGUGCCAGCAUUACAAAAAUUAAAAUCAAUCAAAAUUUAUUACCUGUAUCCUUCUCGUCCGUCACCAGAUAAUCUAGAAUCAACAUUUAAAAAUACUAGUGGAUAUUGGCAACAACGAAUUGUUGAAUUUAAACAUGACACAGUGUUAUGGUCUAAUACAUAUGGAAGUUUUGAAUUUAAUGUUAAACCAUGUUUACCACCUGCAAGUUAA